AUGUCAAAGAUCCAAGACAUCGACAUUCCGACCUACGAUGGCGUCAAGCUCAGAGGUACAUUCUACAGCGCUGGUGCCAAGAAGCCCUGUAUUAUCUUGAGCAGUGGUUUCUCCGGUACCCGCGAUCACUUCUUACCUGAUUUCGCUGCACGAUUCAAUGCCGCUGGGUACGGAGCCUUGGCGUUCGACAACCGAUGCUGGGGAGACAGCGAAGGCUUGCCUCGUGACGAAGUCGACCCUACUCUCCAGGCGCGCGACUAUCUCGACGUCUUCAACUACGCUGCAGCGCACCCUGACGUCGACUCGGACAAGAUUGUUUACUGGGGAUCUAGCAUGUCUGGCGGAACCGCCAUAUGCGCUGCUGUGAUGAAUAGGAGCAUCGCUGGUCUUAUCGUGCAAGUACCUUUCGUGUCAGGCGAAGCCAUCACUCGCAUGCCUGGACCUCCGGCGGAUCUCCUUAUCUCCAAUCGUCACGCAGGGUCACAGGCUCGAGUCCCGGUGUGGCCCAAGUCUGCAGAGGAGGUUUUGGAUGGGAGCUUUAAAGGUGUGCUGAAGGAUGUCGGUGCAAUUCCCUUUGUCGCAGAGACAACCAGGCGCGGUAUGAAAAUCACAGAGACCUGCACGAUGCAAAGUCUCACCAAUAUCACUCUUUGCGAGCCAACGGCGUACAUUCAUCGAAUUUCUCCAACACCAUUGCUGAUGGUUGUAGGAGACCGAGAUGUUACGACCCCGACGCAUUUGCAACUUGAGGCCUAUGAAAAGGCAUUACAACCAAAGACUCUGAAGAUUGUCAAGGGAGCCGGUCAUUUCGACCCAUAUUAUGGCCCGAGCUUUGAAGAAAAUAUUGCGGCCCAGGUAGAAUUUCUGAAGACUAUCUUGUAG